AUGUCAAGCCGGGAGGCCGCCCUGGUCCACAUUACCAAAAACUUGCUCCUCCGCCGCGCCGGUCUGGAAGAUGAAGAUGAUUUGCACGAACUUCAUGACCUCGACCUUGCCGGCACCCACUUUCCCCGUGGACGCAUCAAGUACAUGGAGGGAUUCGAGCGUUCCCCGUACCUCAAACAUUUGACGCUCUCGUCCAACUGGAUCAAACAACUUUCCAACCUACAUACCCUUCAACGACUCGAAACACUGCGGCUCGACAACAAUGAUCUAUCCUCCCUCAAGGGCAUUGGCCAGCUCUCUUGCCUGCGCGUGCUCAACGUCGAGCACAACAAGCUGACCAGCCUGCCCCCCGAACUCUUCCAACUGACCCACCUGCGCGAACUCCGGCUGGCCCAGAAUCGCCUCGCUAGCCUCCACGGCCUUCAUGGGCUGGCCAGCUUGGCCAAUCUCUGCAUCCUUUCCAUCUUUGGUAACCCAGUGUCCGAUCUUCCCCACACCCGGGCCUACCUCCUGGCCAUCUGCCCAUACGUUGACGUUCUUGACGGAAUCAGCAUCAACAACCAAGAGCGCCGCGAUUCACAAGAACGCCUCGUUCACCUUCGCGGCCUCGCGACCACACCGCCAGCCACAUCACCACCCGCCGAACAAACCUCCGAUGGCGCAGACCAAAGCACUGCCACCGUUGCCACGGAUGCUGGUGAGCUCUCUGCAGAACCUGAUGACAUGGACGACGUGGCCCGUGAUCGCCACCUCAGCAGCGACAGCGGGGUGCCCCGGCGCAGCAACUCACCUCCAACCCGGCCCCGCCGCACCUUCCUCAAGACCCAUUCCAUCGACAGCGGCAUCUCCUACCCGGCUGUCGUGCAAGAAAUAGAAGAACUGCGGCGCUCCAAUUGUGAACGCGACGACCUCCUCAAGCAAAAAGACGAUGAAAUAUCACGUCUGACCGCCCUCCUCUAUGAGGCCCAGGAACGUGCCAACGUCGUGCCCUCCCUUGACUCCAGUACCGGCCAGAAUUCGGUCAUGUACUCACAAGCCGUCGCGCAACACACCGCGGAUCAUCUCGAUGCCAACGAAGAACGUGAUCUUCGUGCUGAAUUGCACCGCCUACGCCGCGAGCAGGGCCACUCCGACCCCGAACACGGCGGUCUCGGCCCGGUGCCAGAGCCCGUCCACCAGAGCGCUCGCUCAUCCCGCUCCAUGACUCGCCAAAACUCGCGCAACAGUGAGUCUGCUUCCGCCGGCGAGGCCCGCUCAAGCUCUGACGCCCAAACCCAGCAGGUCCGGCAACUCGAAAACCAGCUCUAUGAACUUCACGCCCGCCGCCAAGCCCGGCUCGGUGACGCCGCGCACAACGACGUCUUUUUCACCCUUGACGUCUCCGAGUUGACGGAUCUACCUCCUCGCGCAGAUCAAACUUCACAGGAACGGGAGGAAGCCGAUGCCUGGCGCACGGCUGCUCUCAACAAUCAACAGCGCGUGCAGGAGCUCGAGCACCGCCUCACUGAAGCACAGAUGGAGCUGGCCUCGGUCGAGUCGGAGCUCUCCCACCAGAACGGGCGCGGUGCCAGCGCCCCUCCACCUCCCACGCGCCGGCAUACCGCGCCACACUCCCUCAACGUCCGCUCCCAUUCUCUCGAAGCCAUGCCUUCACCCGUGGCCACGGAGCUUCAGGUGACGCGCGCGCGCCUUUUGGCUGUGCUUGAUGCCAUCAACGCGCAUGCAGGCUCACGCAUUGUGCGCGAGCACAUGGCGCCCGCUGAACUGGCCCUGACCUUGCAAAACAUGGUCCUUGAAGAGCAACAGGCUCGUGACGAGCUCCAUAUGCUCAAAAUGCGCCUGGAAGCUCUCGUGGUCGGCUUUGGGGUGGCGUCGGAUGAGCAAGAAGGCACGGCGGUGUCGGGUGUAGCCCUUCAUGGUCUCGAACCCAUCGAAGUCGUGAGUCGUCUCUUGGCCAAAACCGUGAGCACGGCCAAGGAAUUCAACCACCUGGAGGAGGAACUCCGUGCCAUGAACGAUCAGACCAAGAAUCGGCUCGCCCACCUCAGUAGCUGGCUGCACGACGAAGGGCUGUCCCAGGUGGCCCGCCCCGUAGAAAUUCUCGUCGAAGCCAAGCCAUGCUACCCGCGCCAGCGGCUUACCUGGCAACAACAUGCCGGUCACACAUUGGCCUCCAUUUGCGAGAAACUGGUUGACUCCUACCGAGACCUGCGGCGGCGGCGCUCCUCCAUCAACCAAGAAGCCGCCCUGCAGGAGCAGUUGCGUAUUGAGGUGGAAGCAGCCUCCAAAAAACGAAGCCAGGCGAUUGCCGCGCUUCAAAAAUACGAACAAAAUCUGGCGCGAUUAGAGGCCAUCAUGUCACAACACGAGGCCAGCGUCCAGCGUCUAUUUCGUCUUCGUAGCUGCAUUGCAUCCCAGACAGAUGACUUGCAACGCCUUCUACAGCUCAUACAGACCGGUGAUGACGCUGUGAAUGAGGAAGGCGCGAACAAGGAGGCGACCACGGUUGCCUCGCGUGCCAUUGAGCUUCGGGCCAUGGAGGAACGACUGGGCAAGCUUUUGGCCCAAGCCUGCACCGAGCUUUUGCAAGUUGCCGCCUUUGCCGAUGAUGUUGAGGGCUAA